UAACUGGUUAUUAAUACACUUUAAAACACUCACACAUUUUGAAAAAAAAAAAACCAAAAAAAAAACAUGCAAUUAGCCAAUUAAUAUCAUCGAAUUUUGAUAAUGUGCUUUUUGCCAUAUGCUUGCAGCCAACCACAGUCAACCGCUCUUAGAACCCAAUGUUCUUUAUCUGGAUGACAAACCACCCAAGAUUGUAAAAAAACAAAAGACAACAAGAAGAAAAAAAUCACCUAAAAAAGGCAUCACAAAAAAGGCAAUUUCGAAAAGAAGAAAAGAUGGAACCAGUCUAAAAAAGACACAGCUACAACAGAGUAUUAGGGUGAAAAAGGAAUUCACUUUGAAUGUGGGUGAUGUUGAGACGAAAGACAAAAUCGAAAAUACCGAUCCAAAUGACCCGCUCUUUACGCCACAAAUAGAGAUUAAAUGUGAAUUGAGUGAGGACAAAUUUGAACCCGAUGCAGAAGAUGAAGAGGAAGCGGAGGUUUACUUUGAUUCAGAUGUCGAUAAAGAUUAUUGUGUGGAUAAAUAUGAAGCCAACGAGGCAGAUGAUGACGAAUAUGGAGAAUAUUCAUUUACGGGUAAACGGGAAUUACAUGAUACUAAUGACUCCGAAGACGAAGUGGCUGAUGAGGAAGAAUUUGAAGAUGACGACGACGACGAUGAUGAUGACGAUGAACCUCUUAUAUUAUUAACCCAAAUGUCAGGGAGUAAAACGCGCAGGAAAAAGAAGAAGACUCCUCGUUUACAUAAUUGCCUAGAGACCUGCAAACACAAAUGUACCACAAAAUACAGCAAGCGUCAAAGAAUAGACAUUUUCGACUACUACUGGCAACUGAGCAAAGAAGAUAAAGUCAAUUUCAUACGCAAACACAUAAGAAAACCAGUAUUAACACGUAUACGCAAUAAAAAACGUGGCAAUAAUUGCUGUUAUUUCCUGAAAUACUAUAAAAUUGGCCAAACUCCCACUAUCCCUACUAAAGAGCCAGAACAAACCGAAACGGGCAGUGCGGACACACACAGAACCAGCGCCAAUACCGAUGAUUUAACGAAAGUAUGUCGUAAAUUUUUCUCAGGCACUUUGGGUAUUUCCAAUCGCGAAAUAAAAGAAGCCAUCGAGGGUUUUGAACUGCAGCAUGAGAGAAUUGUACGUCCUCUGCGGGAUAUAAUAAAGGAAGAGGAACGUAAAUUGAGUGAAAAGUGCCCAGAAAAACCACAAAAGCCUCAACAGUUUCUCGAUCCAGAAACGGGCAACUUAACAGAUACCAAGCCCAAGAAAAAAACCAAACGCCGCAAACCUGGUGACCCAGAACCUGAACGUUUUCCUCGGCCCAUUAAUUGCGCCAUACGCUGUACAUUCAAGUGUCAUCAGAACUUUAGCGAAGAAGAACGAAAACAAAUUUGUGAUAUUUUUUGGAGUUUAGACUUUAAGAGACGUAAGGAUUUCAUACUGGCACGUAUAGAAACGAAAGAUGUAGAAACACCCACAACGCCCGAAUUUCGUAAAACAAAUCGUCCUACCCGUGCCUACCAGACAAGAUUCUAUUUACGUUCUGGUCUAAACAGUGAAAAUAAAAGAGUCUGUAAACAUUUCAUGAUGAAUACCCUGAGUAUUAAUCGCAAGUUUAUUGAGAACGCCAUUAAAUACGCGGAUAAAACUACGGGCAAUUACACGGGUGUAGAUGGUCGUGGCAAACAUUUGAUACACAAAAUCUCGCCCGAACGCAAACAGGCUAUUUUAGAUCACAUCAACUCUUAUCCCGUUUGGUUGCCCAGCAAAAAAGCCAAACUGCGCUGUCUUCAUCAUUCUCUGUCGAUAAAACGCAUGUACAAAGAGUAUCGGGAGAAGUGUACAGAGGACGAAAUAAAACCGGUCUCUGCAUUUUACUACUACAAAGUAUUCCAUGAUGAAUUCCGUUUGCUAUUUUUAAGUAACAGAGACUCAAAGAAGGGUCGUGGCUUUUUGAAUAUAAAUCCCAAUAUAUCUCAUUAUACCGGAGAAGAGCCUGGCGGCUGUUGGUUAGAUUCCAAAGGCAAUCAAUUAGAUUUAAGACUCAUUAAUCCGGGUGAAAGUUUAAACCGAGCUCAAACACGUCAAGAUCAGCAACCGUCUGGCGCAGUAUCUUGCUCCUCUAUGGAUUCAACAUCUCAUAACCUUAAUCAAUCUCCGGCUUCCACGGCAGCUGCUGCCAAUCUACAUUUUAAUCAAUCUUUAAACUUUGCUACUGCCGCUGCAGCACAACAUUUGGCAAAUUUCGUUGAUAAUUCAACGGCUGUUGCGGCAACAUCUCUCAACCCCAGAGCGAUUUUCCAAACCACAGUUCAGAAUCUAUAUGACAGCAGUAAUUUGCCGCACAGCAGUAAUACAUCCUCAAUAUUUCGAAUGAUUUAAGCAUUAAUUCCAUAGCGACAGUAUUUUAGGGUAAAGAACGUAAAUUAAAUAAAUAUUAAAAUCCUUUUUAAGUAAUAAACUCUCUUCUGUACAAUAAUUGUUUUAUUUAUUAAAUAAAAUAUGAAAUUUUGAAAAGCACGGAGAAGUAAAAUCAUUUCUACAAAACCUGCAAGAUUGCCUUUAACAAUUAGCAGUAAUAAAGUCCUGCCACACACUUUAUUUUAUUUUUUCUAAAAAAUCCAAAAUUAAUUUUACUUUCAAUCCGAAUGAACUUCUAUGAAAUGGAGGAUAGACUAAGAUUUAGAUAGAAGAUAGUCUGUUCUUCUUAACUUAAGUGAUUGAGUUAACUCACGUCUUGUUCCACUGUUCUUAUUGUUUAAACUACAUUUCUU